CUAGAAAACGAGAUAGGACCGAAUUUGAAACAAAAUCAAGCACUUCAAAGAAUAUAGACCUAGAUGUUUUAAAUAGGCUUUGUUACACCAUUGAGACAGCAUCUUCUAAGAUUGAAUUAGUUGGCGUUGCAGAUGAUAAUUGUUGGGAUGCUAUAAAAGAAGUCCCAAACUUAGAUAAUCGUACUAGUUACAAGGCGCUUGACUGGCUCAAUACUAGAGCAAAGAAGGUGGCUUUCUUGAAAAUGGCAAUUGAAGAGCGUUUGGAGUGGAUAGAUUUUAAAAUGAGUGAAUGAGUAGUUUUGGGGGGCAUAAAUUAGUAAUUAAUGUUAAAAAUUUUAUUUAUAGUAUUUUGAAUUGUUUUCUAAUUAUUGAACUAGUAGUGAAUUAUUAGCUCUUGAAUUCUUUCUAGUUCUACAAGUUUUGGAUUUUUAUUGAACACAUCUUUAUUUUGGUUAUGUAUGGUAUGUUUUUUCAUGAAUUCAUAGAUGUUCUUUCAUUUUAAUUGCUUGUUUAAUGUCAGACAUUUAAAUGACAAAUAUCAAUAUGCAUGAAGUAGAUGAACAAAUGGAAGAAGAAGAAUUGCAAGAAGAGUUGUAUGAAACCAUUGAGUAUUUGUUAAUGAAAAUUUCCAAGACCCUCUAUGUGUUAUAUCAGUAUAUAGCAAACAUACAGGAUGAAUGUGUUCAUCGUCCCUUAAAUAGACAACCAAUAAGUACAAGUGGAUAUAAUUAUAUUCAUAGAAUAUUAAAAGAGAAUUCAAUAAACUUUCAAGAAAUUUAUAGAAUGUACUUAGACAUAUUUUUAAAAUUAUGAAAGAUCCUUAGAGAAAGAACCUCCUUACAAGAUACAAGACACAUCUGCGUCGAAGAAAUGCUUGCCAUGUUUUAACUUGUUGUUGGGCAUAAUACUCAGUAUUGCUUGAUUCGUAAAACAUUUGGCUGAUCACAUUACAAUACUAGUCAAAACUUCAACAAGGUGUUGAAAGCAUUGAAGAGCAUUGCAGUAGAUAUGAUGGUCAAACCUGGAUCUGCAGUGCCAGAAAAAAUAAGAGAGAGUACAAGAUUUUACCCUUACUUUAAAGAUUGUAUUGAAGCUAUUGAUGGCACUCACAUUCCAGCUACGGUGUCUGGGCAAGAUAUUAACAGUUAUCGUAACCGUCAUAGAGAAAUUUCUCAAAAUGUUUUAGCAGCUUGUAACUUUGAUUUAGAAUUUAUAUAUGUACUCAGUGGAUGGGAGGGAUCUGCCCAUGAUUCAUUUGUGUUGACAGAUGCUUUAUCAAGAAAUAAUGGGCUUAAAGUGUCAGGAGAUGGCAGGUAUCCAAAUCGACGUUAAUUCUUGGCUCCUUUUCGAGGUGUACAUUAUCAUCUUCAAGAAUUCACUGGUUAGGGGCGUCACCCUGAAAAUGCAAAAGAGUUGUUCAAUCUUCGUCAUGCUUCUUUGAGGAACGCUAUUGAGAGGAUAUUUGGUAUAUUUAAAUCGCGAUUCAAAAUAGCUCCGCCAUUUCAAUGUACAACACAAGCAGAGCUUGUAUUGGCUUGUGCCGAAUUGCAUAAUUUUCUUCGC